GAUGGCCUCUCGUGCAUGGGGGCGUGUCUACAUGCCCCCGCCCCCGCCGACUCACCAAGCCCCGCCCCUCACGCCGCCCACCGUGUGUCUUUGAAGCGGCGGUGCGUAGUCUCCCGCGCUGACAUGGCGUACAAAGAAGGAGCCGGUGUGCGCGCGCAGCUUCUCCGAGUCAUGGACGAGCCCUCGACGACCACGACGGUGACGAAGAUGAUGGCGGCGGCGGUGAUGAUGAUGGUGACGAUGGCGGCGUCCGCCGGGGCGCAGGAGGCGGCGACGGAGAAGGAAGCGGAGGAAAGUCACCGCCAGGACAGCGUCAACCUUCUCACCUUCAUCCUGCUCCUCACCCUCACCAUCCUCACCAUCUGGCUCUUCAAGCACCGCACCGUCCGCUUCCUGCACGAGACCGGACUGGCCAUGAUCUACGGGCUGCUGGUGGGCGUCAUCCUGCGCUACGGCAUCCCCGCCACCAGCUACCACAACAGGAGCCCCCCCAGCUGCUCUCUGGCCACGCGGCCCACCAGCAGCCUGGUGCUCAACGUCAGCGGCAGGCUGUUGGAGUUCACCCUCAAGGGCCAGAUCGACUCGGCCGACAUCCACAACGUGGAGCAGAACGACAUGUUACGCAAGGUGACCUUUGACCCCGAGGUGUUUUUCAACAUCCUGCUGCCUCCCAUCAUCUUCCAUGCGGGUUAUAGCCUGAAGAAGAAACUCUUCUUCAGGAAUCUGGGCUCCAUUCUCACCUACGCCUUUCUGGGCACCGCCGUGUCCUGUUUCGUCAUCGGGAAUCUGAUGUACGGCGUGGUGAAGGUGAUGCAAGUACUGGGCCAGCUGAGCGACAAGUUCUACUACACUGACUGUCUUUUCUUCGGCGCCAUCAUCUCCGCCACCGACCCAGUGACGGUGUUGGCCAUCUUCAACGAGCUGCACGCAGACGGUGAUCUGUACGCGCUGCUGUUUGGCGAGAGUGUGAUGAACGACGCGGUGGCCAUCGUCCUGUCCUCCUCCAUCCUGGCGUACCAGCCAAGAGGCGCUAACACGCACAUGUUCGAUGCCGCGGCCUUCUUCAAGUCGGUGGGCGUCUUCCUGGGCAUCUUCAGCGGCUCCUUCAUGAUGGGCGCCGCCACGGGGGUGGUGACCGCCCUCGUCACCAAGUUCACCAAGCUGCACUGUUUUCCCCUGCUGGAGACGGCCCUCUUCUUCCUCAUGUCCUGGAGCACCUUCCUGCUGGCCGAGGCCUGCGGAUUCACGGGUGUGGUGGCGGUGCUCUUCUGUGGCAUCACACAGGCUCACUACACCUUUAACAACCUGUCCCCUGACUCCACCAGGCGCACCAAGCAGCUGUUUGAGCUCCUCCACUUCCUGGCUGAGAACUUCAUCUUCUCCUACAUGGGCCUGGCUCUCUUCACCUUCCAGAAGCACGUCUUCAGCCCCCUCUUCAUCGCAGGAGCGUCCGUGGCCAUCUUCAUCGGGCGGGCGCUCAACAUCUACCCGCUGUCCUUCCUGCUCAACCUGGGCCGCAGACACAAGAUCUCAGGCAACCUGCAGCACAUGAUGAUGUUUGCGGGCCUGCGCGGUGCCAUGGCCUUCGCCCUGGCCAUCCGGGACACGGCCACCUACGCCCGGCAGAUGAUCUUCACCACCACGCUGCUCAUCGUCUUCUUCACCGUCUGGGUCUUUGGGGGCGGGACCACCCCCAUGUUGUCAUGGCUGCACAUCAGAGUGGGCGUGGACUCCCAGGAGGAGCAGCAUCUCUCUGCAGAUACCUUCCAGGUCCUUCAGGAGGAUGGAAGUGAAAGUAAAAGCAAGCAAGAAAGCGCCUGGCUGUUCAGGAUGUGGUACUCCUUCGAUCACAAUUACCUGAAGCCCAUGUUGACUCACAGCGGCCCCCCGCUCACCUCCACGCUGCCCGCCUACUGCGCACCCCUGGCCAGCUGCCUCACCGCCACCAGCUCCUCUCAGAACCACGAGCAGCCGAGGGACCCGGACUGCGACCUGAUCCGCAACGAUGGCGACCUGACCUUCACCUUCGGAGACACUGCCAUCGCCACAAACGGGGUGUCUGGCGGCGGAGGGGCGGGACAGAGCACCAACGGACGUGGAAGCAGCGGCACGUCGGAGGAGGCCCUCCAGCGUGACCUGGACUCGAGGGAACUGAGCCGCGGAACCAGACUGGUCUUCCCCAUGCUGGAUCACACCUGAACACACACAGGAGGACAAAGAUGGCGGUCAUUCCUGAGGAGACACUUCUUGAUUUCCUUUUCUUCUGACAAAUAGGAGCCAAAUAUAUGUCCUUCAUCCACUCGAAGAUGAGCAGAAACAGGAAAGAGUGAAAUAUUUUAUUUUGCCUUAUUUUGUGGGACUUGAAGAAAACAAAUAAUUAUAAUGACAUCAAAAGUGUCCAUUUAAUAUGAAAUAUACUACAGCUUCAUUUCAUUGAUUGUAUAUUAAUUACAGUCUAAUAAUAAAAAUAUAAAUAUACAUGUAA